AGUUGGAUGUGGAGUAUUGUUGAAUGUUUGAAGAGCCGAAUUGAAAAUUCUUCUGGUAUUCCGUGUUCCGCUAUUAAAACAAAAUCUAUUGCUCUGCAAAAUCAAAACACCAUAGAAAGAUUAAUUGGAAGGUCUAUCUCUCAGUGUAUUAAAUCUCCAUGUACUGGUUCACGAGUGACAAGUUUUCAAGGAUUGGCGAAGUAUGCAAACCCUUGUAAUAUACAAUACCCGAUUGACAGAGAAUCUUUAGACACACAGUGUCCUAACUUUCUACGUGUAGCAAAUUGCCUGCUUUCCAAAAUAGGUGAUGAAACAAAUGAGACUUGUGUGGCAAAGGAUAAAAUUUCCACUGCAAGGACGUUUUCAUCUCUUAUACCCCAGGAUGCUGCUAAUGUUAGCCUUUGCAUAUCGAAAAUGUCCGAGUUUCCUGUAGCUGCAUCGGAUGAAGAUUUACCAAACGCGGGGCAGAUUUUGGACACAAAUGUAAAUCAAACUCCAAUGUUUGUUGGCAUAGGAUUGGCUGUUGUUGUUAUUUUUGUUGGUAUCUUGAUUGUCAGCCUAAUUACAAUGAGAAAAAUGCUUUUGAAAAAGAGAAGAAAAGAACUAUUGCGCCUUCCAAGUAUUCCAAAGACACAAAAAAGUCCAUAUGAGGCAAAUUGUACCUCACCAGUUGAUACAUACAUUGACCCUGACUAUGAAAUGAUUGAGGAACAAGACGAGGGUUAUCAGCAAUUGGGUGAACAAAGAGGCGGAUCUUACGUUGAUCCCAAUAAUGCAGAUGGCACUUACCUCGAUGUAGUCCCUACCUCAGACGAAAAAAGUGACGCCAGUUACAUUAAUGUUAGCCCUUACAUAGAGUUGAGAGAUGACUCUACUGAAAGUACAUCUAUAACAAAAAUAAUUGAUAAAGUCCGGGAACCUAAAGAAAACAGUGCCAGUUCCGAAAAUAUGACACCAAGCUAA